ACUUCCAAAAUGGCGCAUUCGCUGACGUAUCGCUUCAACUCGGAAACGGAACGUCUACUCUUUUGAAAUCUAUGGUCCAGCAGCCGCACCCUGAUUUAUAACAGGCGAACUGGUUUGCUUGUUCAUAUGACUGGCAAGCUGCGGAACCAAUCAGCUUCUUUCACACACAGGAGGCGGGACCUCCAUUACAGUGGUGUAGUUUAUCCAACAUGGCGCUGACGUAUUUCGCCUGAUAAUUCUAGGUUCCUUCAGUUUAGUGGAGAUUACUGUGAAGAGAGUAUAUUUAGGUGCAUCAGUGUGUUGGAGUGGCUGCCGUUUGCAUCUUGAAAUGAAAGGAAAGGAGCGAUCACCGGUGAAAAAACGCACCCGUGGGCCUGACGAUAGUAGAGACCGAGGAGGAAGCUACCCGAGCAGCAAGAAAACCACAACUCUCUCUGCCAGCAACGGCUCCGCUCAUAGCAGCGCUUCCACCAGGAGAGGUUUACCCAGCGAUAAAAGAGACAUGAGGGACUCAGAUGGACACGGCUCGUCCAGUCGGACCGUUAGCGGCUACGACUACGGGGCUUCCUCUGUGAACAAGUCCCACAGUGGCGCUGACAUCGCCGCGGAAAAUUCCAGGUCCGGUCCACGAAGCGACCCGCGGCCUCCGUCGGCCCCAGGAAGUGAGUACAAAACUCUGAAAAUAAGCGAGCUGGGCUCCGAGCUGAACGACGAGGAGAUAGAGGACGGGUUGUUUCACGAGUUUAAGAAGUUCGGGGACGUGAGUGUGAAAAUAUGCCGUGAAAACCACGAGAGGGUGGCGUUUGUGAACUUUCGGAGGCCCGAAGACGCCCGGGCGGCUAAGCAUGCCCGCGGGAAGUUGGUGCUGUAUGACCGGCCUCUGAAAAUAGAGACCGUAUACAUGAACAAGCAUAAGAGCCACUCCCCGAUUAGUAAAGACAGUUUUUCCUCUGGACACAGGCACAUCCACUCACAGAGACCCCAGUCUCCCCCCAGUCCAGGGUUCAGGGACUACCGGUUACAGCAGCUGGCUCUGGGUCGUCUCCCCGCACCUCCUCCUCCUCCACCUCCUCCACUACCUCCUCAUCUCAGGGACCUUGAAAGAGACAGAGAUUUCCCCCUGUAUGAAGGCAGGGGUAGACCCCCGUUUAUCCCGGAAUGUUCUGUUUUCCGUGAGGAAGAACUACUCAGUCCUGAGGAUGACCAGAGGGCAAACAGGACAUUGUUUCUGGGCAACCUGGAAGCCGGUUUGACUGAAAACGACAUCAGGAGAGCGUUCGAAAGGUUUGGACUGAUUACAGAGGUGGAUAUAAAGCGUGCUGUCAGAGGGCAGAACAGCACUUAUGGAUUCAUAAAGUUUGAGAACAUGGACAUGGCUCAUCGAGCCAAAGUGGCCAUGUCAGGGAAGGUGAUGGGUCACAGUACAAUCAAGAUUGGAUAUGGUAAACCUAAACCUACAACCAGGCUAUGGGUGGGGGGUCUUGGUCCCUGGGUUCCAGUGGCUGCGCUGGCUAAAGAGUUCGACCGCUUUGGCACCAUCAGGACUAUAGCUUACAGGAAAGGGGAUUCAUGGGCUUACAUCCAGUAUGAAAGUCUAGACGCUGCUCAUGCUGCAUGGACCCACAUGAGGGGUUUCCCUCUCGGCGGCCCUGACAGGAGACUUAGAGUGGAUUUUGCUGAAACAGAAAAUCGCUACCCCCAGCAGCAGUUCAUGCAACUUCCUCUCCCCCUGCCCCACUUUGACUUAGUCCCCGAGCCUUUUUCCCACCGCCUGGCUGAGCCUAUGAGAGUAAGGAACCGCACCCCUCCGUUUCCUAGUCGCUUUAGGGAAAGGGAUCCCUAUUCAUCUGCGGAGUGGGCUGGCCUGAAUGCCCAUGACAGGAUGAGAGAACCAGGCUUUGACCCCAUAGAUCGUCUUGAGAGGCGCUCCAGGGAGGGCUGGUCAGCAGAGCGGGAGUUGCAGUGCAGAGAUCUUGGCCUCAAAAGGAGACGUUUAGAUGAUGGCUGGAGGGUGGAGCGCUCGCCUGACAAUGGUGACUUUGGUCUGCGCCGUCAUGGCAAUUCCUUAGAGCGCAGCCCUGGAGGGAGCAGCCGGGACGGGGACCCAGAGCGUUUGCCACGCUCUGGCAGAACCACCCCUGCCAAAGAGCGGCAGAACAACCACAACGCUGGCUUUGUGGAGAAAAGAAAAAGAACAUGUAGCCCCUCUCAGCCAGAUUCCAUCACAGAGAAAGAAAGCAAACGCAAAGCUGGAGACACCUCUAAGAGCCUGGGGAAGAAGGAACAGUGCCCAGAAAAUCUCGCCUCAAACCCCUCCCCAUCCAAGUCUGUGCAGCAUCCUAAGUCUAGCGCUGAUGGACUGAAGCUGAGUCAGGCCUGGGAGGGGGUCCUUCUGCUCAAGAACAGCAGCUUCCCAGCCUCCCUGCACCUGCUGGAUGGGGACAUGAGGAUGGCCACCACCUUGCUGGUGGAGGGCUCCACUGGGGGAAGGGUGUCCCAGCUGAAGAUAAGCCAACGCCUCCGCCUAGACCAGCCCAAGCUGGAUGAGGUCGGCCGCCGCAUCAAGGCUGCCGGAUCCAGCGGGUACACCGUCCUCUUGGCCGUGCCGGGGAAAACCGAGGACGCCAACAGCUCCAUGGAGAGACCUCUGAAGAACCUGGUGUCCUACCUCAAGCAGAAGGAGGCGGCGGGGAUCAUCAGCCUCCCAGUCGGGGGCGGCCGCGACAAGGAGCACAAUGGAGUUCUGCACGCAUUCCCUCCAUGUGAGUUUUCCCAGCAGUUCGUAGAUGACUCUGCCAAAGCCUUUGCCAAAUCAGAGGAAGACUAUCUGGUGAUCAUCAUAAUUAAAGGAGCCUCAUAAAGAAAAGUGCAAAUUACAUGUCUAUUUUUUUGGUUGUACACUUGUCAUCUGUUAAGUUGUAAGGAAAUUCAAAGAAAACGAUGUAGGUUGAUUCUGAUUUAAGUUCCCUGAUCUGAAUGAGUCAGUGCUCUCACCUCAUGCUGCGAAAGUUUUAUUAAGAGCAAUAUAACAGUGAGAUAAAGUAUAUUAUAUUAUGGUAAAUUGAUGGACUUCAUUCAUACAGAUUACAUACUUUAUUAUGAAUAUGUUGCCUUAUGAGAAAAAAAUCUGUCCAGGGAAGAACAUAAAUUUUUUUUUUCUGGGCAUACAUUUAAUUCGUUUGUCAACUUACUGUUUAUUUAACAAUUAGAGAGAGAAUUCAAUCGAAAACAUUGUAAUUGUUUAUUUUGAUAAGGAAAAUAUAAUUGUCUGCUAAACACCUCACAUGUUUGCUAGUUUUGCCGGUUUGGUUCAUGGAAAACAGAAACGUUUGUAACAUGGAAAAAGUGUUAUUUAAAGGGACGGUUCCUAUUUUUCCUAAGUAAGGUUCUGUGAAGAUAUUUUCUGCAGUAGGACCUUUAUCUAUUGUCCAGAGAUGUUGUGGUGCUGUGAUUUUGGAGAAAAGUGAAUAAAUGUUCAGAUUCUUCUUUUUUUAGCAGGUUUUUAGCACCUCCAUAGGAUUUAGUAAUAUAUUGGCACUCAACACUAUUUCAUAAAGAGACUGUUAAGUUUUCCCAGCUGAGCAACUUCCUAACGACGACACUAAAAGCAUAUUUUCUGGAGCUGCUGGCUGUAUCAGUUCGCCUCACGGGACCGCUCCCAGCCUACCAAGACGGGGGGAAAACUUUAGGUAUGUUAUCAUGCUUUUCUAGGUCUUGCAGUUGUUCAGAAAUGAUCCCGGCAGACUGAUACAGCCUGAAUCCUCCGCCAACGUAGCUUUAGUGCAUCGACGCGGUCGUUGUUUGGCUGAGAAAGCAGCGACAGACUUUACUGAUUAUCUGUAAGGAUGCCGACUGUUAAUAUCUGCAAAUAUCCCCUGGAUAUAAAUGCUUUCAGUUUGAGUUGUUUUAAAAGGCUGAAAUCUGCAAUCCACACAUUUAUUCACUUUUCUCACAGCAGUCUGACAUCCUUCUGCUGGAGGUGAGAGAGCUAUAACCGAAAACUUCACAAAAUUUCACUUUCUAAAAAUCCAAACUAUGCCUUUAAGUUCUCCUGCGCCAUGAGUCACAUGAUUUGACUUCAUCGGGUAACCUGAAUGGCUUCCUUGUGCAAUUUCUCUGCUAACAGCAUCGCCAAUAGAUGUAUUUAUAGAGGAUGGACACAGAAGGCAGACAUUUGUCUAAAUUAUUUUAAAUUCUUUUCAAACUGCAAGACAUUGAUCGGAUAUUUUUUUAUUUAUUUAUUGGUUUAAAUUUUCCUUUCAUUGUGGAUUUUCAAAACAGCUAAAAAAACGGCAAUAUAUCAAUUUGGCUUGCCUUGAAUGCCCACGACAACAGAUUUGUUGUAAUUUGCAUGGUAACACCUGUGGGGUGUUCCUUGCUGCCUUUGUCUCCAUCCUGUCCACUGAAUCAUUUUAUUGGUCUAUUAAGUUUUGUUGAACAUGGCGUUUAAUGAGAGCCUUGAUUUGUUGUUGCGUCAUACAACCUGCUAAUCCUACCCCAACAAAGCAUAUACUGUAUGACCACAUGAUGAUGUAAACCAGGGAUGAAGAUCUUCAUGUACAUGAUGGCCGUCUCUUUAUCUGAUCUGGAAGUAGAGAAAUAUUACUACACUAUUUGUGGACUUAAGCGUGAGAGGAGAAGAGGCUGCUCGCCGAUGGCUCUUCCUGCCGUCAUUUGAAAAGACUUUUACUGAUUGGUUUUCAUGCUUUGAUUUGAGUACUGUUUUAAAUGAGAAAAAAAGAAAGUAUGUGCUGUAAACUCAGGAUUUCUGGAUCAGAAGUGGAGAACAUCAAUGCCGAUGGGCCUAACUGUCAGACAAGCACGCAAACGUGCAGCAAGCACUUGAUAGAUCUUGUUUUAAUAAAUUUGCUCUUUCGUGGGAAAGACGAGUGCCUCGGAAGA